ACUGCAGUAAGGAAUAUGCUAAGAAGUGUCGAUAUCUCCUGACUGAACAUGGGGCAAGAAGACAGAUCCCACACACUAUGUCCAUGCUGAGGUCCCAUUCCUACUCUACAAACAAUGCCCCAAGACUGUGAAACUUAAAGGAUCCAGUGUUUCCUUUUUUUGACUUUACCCCCCCCCCCCCCCCCCCAAGCUAUGGGACAGACUCUUUCCUGCCUCAACCACAGCAGCUCAAUCCUCGGGGAAAGCAGACAGGAGGAGAAGACAAUGCUGGAGAAGAGGGGACAGUAAGGGUCCACAUCUUGAGGGUUGUGUUGUCCUCCUCCCUUCAGCCCCCCUGUGCUCCCCUAUCUGGAUGCAUGGAAUAUAAAGGAACUGUGGGCUUGCAAAGAGGAAAUCCUUAGUGGAGCACAGUGCUCGGCAGGUCCUAUGACUCGCUCAUUUUGGCUGGAUACUAGUCACUUUGUAUGGAGAGAACGCCUUGGUGCAGGUGAUUGGAGUCAGGCUCCUAGGAGAGGCAGCUGCUGUCCGUGGUGCUGAAGCUGUCUGGAGCUGUCCCCUCACUACUACAGACUAUUCCUCUGCAAGGACUUUAUCUACCCCUCUAAGGCGACCACACACCCGACAACAUGUGCAGUCUGAACGCGCUGGGCAUCUACCUUUGGGAGACCCUUGUUUUCUUCAGUCUUGCAGCUUCCAAAGAGGUUGGUGCAUCUGCCCGCACUUCCCCUAAACUGUUGUCGCCCUCUGAUUUCCUGGAUAAGUUAAUGGGGAAGAUCUCAGGAUAUGAUGCCAGAAUUCGACCCAACUUUAAAGGUCCCCCAGUAAAUGUCAGCUGCAACAUCUUCAUCAACAGCUUUGGCUCCAUUGCGGAAACCACUAUGGAUUACAGACUAAAUAUAUUUCUACGUCAACAAUGGAAUGACCCUCGAUUGGCUUAUAGUGAAUACCCAGAUGACUCCUUGGAUCUGGACCCCUCUAUGUUGGAACAGAUCUGGAAGCCAGAUUUGUUCUUUGCCAAUGAAAAGGGGGCAAAUUUUCAUGAAAUUACCACAGACAACAAACUGCUGAGGAUCUUUAAAAAUGGCAAUGUGCUGUACAGCAUCCGAUUAACAUUGACUUUGGCUUGUCCCAUGGACCUGAAAAACUUUCCAAUGGAUGUCCAAACCUGUAUCAUGCAGCUGGAGAGUUUUGGUUACACUAUGAACGAUCUGAUAUUUGAGUGGGAGGAGGUGGGUGCGGUGCAGGUGGCAGACGGACUUACCUUGCCUCAGUUUAUCUUGAAGGAAGAGAAGGAUCUACGGUAUUGCACCAAACACUACAAUACUGGAAAAUUUACGUGUAUUGAAGCUCGCUUUCACUUGGAGAGACAGAUGGGUUAUUAUCUGAUUCAGAUGUACAUUCCCAGUUUGCUUAUUGUCAUCCUCUCAUGGGUGUCUUUCUGGAUCAACAUGGAUGCAGCCCCUGCCAGAGUUGGUCUUGGCAUAACCACAGUGCUGACCAUGACCACUCAAAGCUCUGGAUCUCGAGCAUCUCUACCAAAGGUCUCCUAUGUGAAAGCUAUUGAUAUAUGGAUGGCUGUCUGCUUGUUAUUUGUCUUUUCUGCCCUAUUGGAAUACGCAGCUGUCAACUUUGUAUCGCGACAGCACAAGGAACUUUUACGUUUCAGGAGGAGGAGACGACAUCAUAAGAGCCCUAUGCUCAAUCUUUUGCAGGAGGAUGACACCGGAGAAGGACGUUUCAGCUUUGCAGCUUAUGGAAUGGGCCCUGCAUGUCUCCAGGCCAAGGAUGGGAUCUCUGUGAAAGGGAACAACAAUAACAACCCAACAAGCUCCGCACCCCCAAAAUCUAAAUCUGAUGAUGAGAUGCGCAAACUCUUCAUAAGCCGAGCCAAGUACAUUGACAAGAUGUCGAGAAUCGGAUUCCCUUUGGUUUUUCUUAUAUUCAACACAUUCUACUGGAUCAUCUACAAGAUAGUACGUAGCGAGGAUGUUCAUAAGCAGUGAAGAAAAUCUUCAGUCGUGGGUACAGGAUGAAGGAGAAGGAACAGAAGAGGGAGACAUUUGGGUGAAACCAUUAUCCUUUAUUGUAUUUGUGUACCCAACACAUUUCACUGUUAUAUGUUGGGGACACAAGGGUCAUUUACAAAGAUGUUGAGAAUGGUAAGAGAUGAAAGGGGUAGGGGGGAUAUAAGAAAAAAAAAAGAUGUGGAUUCCACGGAAAAAUAAUGAAUUUUCAUAAAAAUAUUAAAAAAAAACUGUAUUAAGUCUGUGCAAUAGCAAUGCAGAAAUGCAUGAUUUUAAGAAUGUGGCAAUAUAUAAAUAUAUAUACAUACAAAUCCAAGGAUUUGGGGCUUUUAAAGUGUACAUAGGCCUUAAGAUUUACAUGUGGAGGAACAGGUCUACGGAGUGGGGAUGAAACCAAUGAGUUCUUUGUAAAAUACAAGAAAAGUGCCCGGAUAAUAUAUGUAAAAUAUGCAACAUAUUAAUGUGUCUAAAUAUAGUCUCAAUGCACAGAAAUGAUAAGUAGUGUUUAGAAAAUAUAUUGUUUGCUCUUUGCUUAUGGACUGGGCUCUGUGAGCCGUGGUUUUUAGGAAUGCAUAUAAGUCUGGAAACAAUUAUGGGAUUUAUUUUUGAAUCCUAUGAUAUCUUGACUCCUGACCAAAAAUUUUUUAUUUUUACCCUGGCCUCGGCAUAGAAUUAGACUUGAAAUUUUAAAUUUAUUAAAGUAUCCUGGUGAUGAUUAUAUUAUAGAAAAGCAUUUAUACCCAUCAAGGUCUAUGUACUGAAGAAUAAACAUAUGAUGAAAUUAAGGACUAUUUCAUAAAAAAAAUUACAUUUAUUCUGGACUCUUUCUGGCCCUGCUUGGACAUUUCCAAAAUUAAAAUAAUCUAACUCUACUGCUGUCCUAAAAGCCCCUUUCUUGGCUGGCUGAAAACAUUUAGGGACCUGCAGCUAUAGUAACUAAGUUCCACCCCCAUUGAGGAUAGUGAAAUGUGUUUUUUUUUUGUUUUUUUUUUAUGUAGGAUUAUCUAAGAACUAAUAAGACUGAAAGGGUAAAGUUUUUCCUUCAGGAGAGAUUCAAAAGGCAAGUGGAGUCUUAUAUAAAGAAAAGUAGGCCUCCUCCAGAAGAAAGAGAGCUUGCUUUCUGGUACCACCUAUUGGAGGUAGCAUCACUGCAAAUCUAUAUUCGGACCCUUUAAUGGGAUACUACGGCCAAAAAUAUUAUUCUAUAAAAUAAAGACGGUGAGGCUAAACAGCUGCCCUUCUCCCGCAUCACCAUGCGGCUUCCUUCCUCUGCUAUUCACCCAGCUCUGGUCCUGGCACGCUGCCUUAUGACCAGCCGUUUCAUACAGGGGUUUGUGUGUGAAGCAGAAAUCCCUUUUUUCUGCAAAAGUCUAUAAGCUUCUCAUAAAUCUGAAACUCACCAGAGUUUCAAAUCCUUAGUUGUUAGAUAGAGAACAGAAUAACUACAAAGAGUAUCUCCCUGUCAGGAAAUCCCAGAAGCUAUGUACCUAACAUGGACAGCCUAUUGAUUUCAAUCGAAGCAGUGUAAUACUUCAUUGCUCCAGUGGUGGCACUGUAGGGAAAGCAAACAAUCUGUGAUCAAUGUCUAUUGCCAGGGGAACUCUUCUAACAAAAUAGGCACCCUUUUAAUCAGGAAAAUCUUUAGUUCCUAUUUAAAGCAAGCUAUUACGAAAAGCUCUAAAAAAAGGAAUUACAUAAUGUAAAAUGAUUUGGCGUUAUAGAGCUAAUUUAUUUUAUCUCUGCACAAAUUUCAUUUUAUGAAGCCUAUAAAAGUGAUGUUAGAGCUUCUCAAUGUGUUUUUCACUUUUUCAUACAAUGAAACUCCACUCCUCCAAUGUCUGGAGGCGCCAUCUGCUAGAUAACAAUUUAUAGGUAAUAUUAGGUAUAAGCAACAGGUGGAGGGGAGCAGAAGACACAUUAUUGUGAAGAAAGCACAUGGAAUGGUCAGCAGGGUAACACUAUCUAGAAUAGUCAUAGUUCUAUAUGAAGAUAAAACCCUUAUUUUUAAGCUUCAUAGAGCCCAUUUAAGGCCAUAUACACACAGGGGGAGAUUUAUCAAAACCUGUCCAGCCGCACAGGUCAACUUUUCCUCUGUGCAGGUUUUGAUAAAUCUGCCCCACAAUGUAUAAAGGUUGUGGGAAUGUAAUUGGGGUCCAUAAUAGUGUUGUCUUUAUGAUGCCUCAGUGUUCUUGAAGAUUACAUUCCAUAAAACAGCACUGGCCCAGAAAUACUUUGAGCCUUCCUUGUAUUCAUGACCCAUAUAAAAUGGACCCUGAAUAUGUAUAUAGUGCAUACUGCAAGUGCAUGGGUACUUAAAAUGGGUUGUAAAAUUGUGCAAGAGAAAUUGACUGCAGACUAUUAUAUGAAGUAAAAUUUUUAUAUUUAACUUGACGGAAGACAAGCAGGUUCCUAAUCUAUUAGAGCAGGGAUCUGGAAGAUCACAUCUGUGCAAUACCUUGGUUCCUAUGACAACCAUGUAAUGCUUCUUUUCCCUUGUGGUGGCAGCAGAGAGGGACCCUGUAAUUAGCUUAAAGGGUAUUCUGGGCAAAAACAUCUUAUCCCCUAUCCAAAGGAUAGAGGAUAAGAUGUCUGCCUGCUGGGAAAACCAGCGAUCUCCCUACAGCACCCGCACUCCUCGUGACGUCACGCCACACCCCCUCCAUUCAUGUCUAUGGGAGGGGGUGUGAAGGCCGCCAUGUCCCCUCCCAUAGACCUGAAUGGAGGGGGCAUGAUAUGACAUCACGAGGAGGCGUGGUGUUACGUCACGUCUCCAGUCACCGAUGUAAAAGGAUCAGCAAUCGGCUUAAAAGCAUGUAAAUGCAUGUUUGACGGCUGAUCACAUCUUGUGUGCCCAAAAAAAGUCAUCGUUAUUGGCCACAAAUGGCUCAGGCAACCAUUUGAUAGAGCCUUUUGAAGGCUCAGCAAAGCGAUUGCUGUUCACCAAGAUUGUCAUUUGUAUGGUUGUCUAGGCAACUGUACUGUUCAGUGUGAACUAGAGCCCAAAGCUGGACUUACACUUUACUCCGAUUGCUAAUAAUACUUCAGAGAGUGGCAUCAGCCCUGCAUCCUUUUGGAUGAGUACCAUCUAACAAGGCAUAAAGUCAUAUGGGGGAGAAUUAUCAAGCUAUCUUUACAUAACAUUCUCUUUGUUUCCCAUACCAACCAAUCACAGCUCAGCAAAGCCCUGGUAAAUUGAAAGCUGAGCUGUGAUUGGUUGCUAAGAUAUGAAAGCUGAGCUGUGAUUGGUUGCUAAGAUAUGAAAGCUGAGCUGUGAUUAGUUGCUAUGGGCAACAAAGAGAAUCUUACUAUAUGAUAGCGUGAUAAAUCUCCCAUAAAAUGUCUAAAGUAAUAAACCCCUUACAUGAUGUCACUAGAAAUAAGUGGCAUCCCCUCAGUCUGUAGAAUCUGGAAGCGGACGCGUUCAUAUCUAGUAACUAAGUUUAUGUGAGGAUAACUCACUAUUCUGACAAUAAUCUUGAGAAGAUUUGCUACUGUCAACUUCCUGGUUUUUUCAACCUUAAUAUUAGAAGAAAAUAAAGAAGCCAGGGCAAUGAUUUGCUGUUAAUGAACACAAUGGUUGUUUCCUUCAGGAUUACAUUAGAAUACCGGUGAUGAAGUCUUCUCAUAAGAGAAACUGCAGUGCACUUAACUAACUUACAAUUUCCCAUAAGAAAUGCUACACAGAGCAAAGAACUGUCCUGCCACCUAUUGUUGCUGCGGAGUACUGCAGAAAUACUUUACUGGGAAAACCUAGGAACAAUGUAGCACCUUUCUGAAUUAAAAUCUGCCCUAUUUCAACACUGUUGGGUCAGGUUAGGGCUGUAUACUUCAGGUUCAAGGGACAUGUAAAAGAGACACCUGAAUGUUUUGACGGGGUGUUGAUUAUACAUUAAAAAAAAUUUUUUACAGGUGAGAGGUGUAUUUCAAACAUGUUUCCGAUAUAAAACUGUAGCAAUUUACUAUAAAAUAAAAAAAUUUGUGCUGAAUUUUAUAGAGACGUAACCUGUGUCCUCUAGGCCCUCUGCAACAGGGCCCGAUGUGCCACUUAUAAUACUGGUCUCUUAUGGGGCAGAUGUGCUUUGUGGCCCCCUUAGGCUCCAGGUGUGACUGCUACCUCUGCACCAUCUAUAGUUACGUCCCUGUGAUACAGGUCUACUCGGUCCUAGCGCCUAAAAAUUUCAGCAGCGAACGCUGAAGCGGAAUCUCCAAACAGAAUUUCUGAUAGGAAUUGAUCACAGAGAUUCCAUAGUGUAAACAUACCCUUAGGCUUCAUGCACAUGACUAUAUUACAGAGGUUUGUCUCAUGAGGAUAUACCCCAACCAAUGGGUCUGUGAUUUAGGAAGCCCCCCCCCCACACACACACACAAACACUUUAUAAGCCAGGCAGUCUCUCUCUGGCAGUCUCGAGUCAUCCAUGUUUAUAAAGAAAAUGGUGACCCUGAAAUGGCGCUACCUGAUGGGAAUCUGAUGAGGACUCUGUUUGAAAUAAUGUAUCAGUAUAACUAUUUAUUGACACAAAUAAUAAUAAAACAAAUGGGGGCAGACUGGCAAAGGCAACUCUUCCUUUCUCGAUUGCUAAAAGCUUGAGAAAGGGAGAGUUACCUUCUGAAACACGUCUUACCAAUCUGCCACCAUUUUUUUGUGUCAAUAAAUGAUUAUAUUAAUACAUUAAUCCAAACGAAGUCCUCAUCAGAUUCACAUCAGGUAGCGCCACUUCAUGGUCACAAUUUUCUUCUUCAUAUUUAUUGCUUUCACACGAGCUCAUAGCAUUAGAUUCACCUCUGACGACCAGCGACUAAGGAUCCUUUUAUACAGGAUAUACAUGCACACAAGGUGCACCGAGAGUCCAAUCUUGUGGGAGUCUCACAGGGGCACUGCACACCUACAGAAUCACAUGAAGCACUGUCCUCUUUUAUUAUUUAUUAUGUCAUUGUUUAUCAACCAGGGUGCCUCCGAUUGUGGCAAAAAUACGGCUCCUUUGGCUGUCUAGGCAUGCUGGGAGUCGUAGUUUUGCCACAAUUGUAGACACCCUGGUUGGGAAACACUGUAAAAUGUGGAUAGUAAAUGGGAGCUGAGCUGCAAUAACCCAGCAUGUCCACUAUACAAUGUGCACCACUGUCUGCUUCCUACUCUGUUUUCUGUAUAUGAAGACUCUAGCAAACAGCUGAUUGGCAGAAGUGCCAGGUAUUGGACCCCCAUCAAUCAAAUAUUGAUAGGCCAUAAAUAAAUAACAAAAAUCUCAGAAAACCCUUUAAUAAACAGCUAAAAGAGGAGAAAACUAUCUUCCAUCUCCCCACCGGUAGGUACAGUGUGUUGUGAUGAUAUUUGCAUCAGUGACUCCUUGUAGCUUCUGCUAGAUUUUAUUGCUAACAUCAGAUUCUACUUUCCGGAUUGCUAGCGAUGCACUUUUUAGAUUUUUUCUUUUGGUAGAUAUUUAAAGCACUUUAUUUUACACUUUGGCUACAUCUAUAGCCUAAUAGACUAUAUAAGCACUUACACUUUUACAGUGAAGGGAAAAAAUAUUUGUUUUUCUGCUAUUUUUGUAUGUUUGCCCACUGACAUAGAAAUGACCAGUCUACCGUUUUAUGGGUAUACUUAUUUGAACAGCGAAGUUUCGAGUCUGAUGUUUGGCAACUUAGACCUUAAGCUCUCCACAGAUUUUUUCUGAGAGUAAGGUCUGGAGACUGGUUAGGCUAUGGUAUCAGCUGUUUUGAGAUAACUGAUAAGAUCUUCCUGUGUAGUUCUGGGCGAAUUCCUCACCAUUCUCAUUAACAUUGAAACUCCAUGAGUUGAGAUCUUGCAUGGAGCCCCCGACCAAGGGAAAUUGACAGUCAGGGGCAGACUGACAAUACUAAGGGCCCCUGGUCCAAAAAAAGCAAGCAUGCCCCUAUUCCACCCAAAUCCCUCCACCACCCCUACACACAAAAUAAACUAAAAUUUAUAUA